AAUGUAGAGGUCUUGGCGCGCGCUGAUUGGGUGAACGUCGGGGGUUGUGGGCGUGGCCUCGCCGUUGCCAUGGCGACACUUCCGGUGCGGCCAACCGGAAGUGGCGGCGCUGCCGGGAAGGAGCCGCCGGAUCUCUGCGGCCCCUCCCCCCUCCAGGAGCUCCAAAUUCCCGAAUUUUCCCCCCAAAUUCCCGAGGGGGGAGGGGGAACCCCAGCGCCCCCUCCCCCACUCUGCACAGGAUUGGACUCUGCCCUUGGACUCCAGAUUGGUGAGGGCUGAGUUUGAUUUUUUCCUCCUUUUUUUAAGGAAUUUUGCCUCUUUUUUAACAGAAUUUUCAGCAAUUUUUAGGAAUUCUUUCCCCCUCAGUGAAAUUUGGGGUAGAAACCUCAAAUUUCAUUUUUUUCCCUCAUUUUUAAAGCAAUUCUGGGGCAUUUUAAAGAGGAUUUUUUUUUAAUUUUAAGGAGUUUUUUUUUAUAUUUUAAUGAAUUUUUAUUUAUUUCAAUCACAAGGUUUCAAUUCUGCUGUUGGGGGCAUUGGAAGUGAAUUCUGGGACCUGAAAUUUGGGAAUUUUGGGUUUUUUGUGCCUCUAAUUUAGAAAUAACGAAUUUUAGAUGAUUGAAAAUUGCAGAUUUUUACUUUUUUGUGCUCCGAAUUUAGGAAUUUUUGAUUUUUCCAUGCCUGAAAAUUGGGAUUUUUGACUUUUUUAUGACUAAAAUUUGGGAAAUUUGACUUUUUUUACACUCAAAGUUUAGAAAUUAGAACUUUUUUGGUUUAAUUCUAAUUUAGAAAUUGUAACUUUUUGUGCUUCUAAUUUAGAAAUUGUGACGCUUCCAGGCCUGAAAAUUGGGAAUUUUGGCUUUUUCUCCUCCAAACUCCAGGAAUUGCUCAUUAUCUCCUAUUUCUAACCCCAAAUUUCUCUUUUUUCACCAUUUCUAACCCCGAAUUUCCCUUUUCUCCCAUUUCUAACCCCAAAUUCCCCUUUUUUCACUCUUUUUAACCCAAUUUUCCCCCCUUUUCCCCAGCCCCAUGUGAAGGAUGCUGAAGAAGCGCAGCCUGGCUCUGCUGGGUGCCGCGCUCUUCCUCGCCUGGAACGGGCUGCUGCUCCUCUUCCUCUGGGGCCGCCCCGGGGCCCUGCCGAGCCCCCCGCAGCCGCGGCUGCCCCCCGGCGCGCGCCUGCUGCCGGCGCAGCUGCUGCAGCUGGCGCAGGACGCCGAGGCCGAGCUGCGCCUGCAGCGCGACCUGCUGCUGCAGAUCCAGCAGCUCAGCCGCCUGCAGCGCCGCAGGACGCCGCAACCGCCCCAAAAACCGCCCCAAAAACCGCCCCAAAAAACGCCGAGACCGCCUCAGAUCAGCACCACGGCGGCCGGGGAGGCGCCGGUGCUGCCGGUGCUGGUGCUGGCCUGCGACCGCAGCUCGGUGCGGCGCUGCCUGGAUAAGAUCCUGCGCUACCGGCCCAGCGCGCGGCGCUUCCCCGUCAUCGUCUCGCAGGACUGCGGCCACGCCGAGACCGCCGCCGUCAUCGCCUCCUACGGCGCCGCCGUGGCGCACAUCCGCCAGCCCGACCUCAGCGACGUGCCGGUGCCGCCGGAGCACCGCAAGUUCCAGGGGUACUACAAGAUCUCGCGGCACUACCGCUGGGCGCUGGGGCAGGUGUUCCGCACCUUCCGCUACCGCGCCGCCAUCGUGGUGGAGGACGACCUGGAGGUGGCGCCGGAUUUCUUCGAGUACUUCCAGGCGGUGCUGCCGCUGCUGGAGCAGGACCCCAGCCUGUGGUGCGCCUCGGCGUGGAACGACAACGGCAAGGAGGGCCUGGUGGACGCCGGUAGGGCCGAGCUGCUCUACCGCACCGAUUUCUUCCCCGGCCUGGGGUGGCUGCUGCUGGCCGAGCUGUGGGACGAGCUGGAGCCCAAAUGGCCGCCGGCGUUCUGGGAUGACUGGAUGAGGCAGCCCGAGCAGCGGCGCGGCCGCGCCUGCGUGCGGCCCGAGGUGUCCAGGACGAUGACCUUCGGCCGCAAGGGCGUGAGCCACGGCCAGUUCUACGACCAGUACCUGAAGUUCAUCAAACUCAACGACCGCUUCGUGCCUUUCACCCAAAUGGACCUUUCUUACCUCAAAAAGGACGAGUACGAGCGAUUCUUCCUGCAGCAGGUUUACUCCGCCCCCGAAGUCCACCUGGAGGAGCUGCAGAAGGAUGCGGGGAGGGGCUCGGGGGCGGUCAGGCUCCAGUACCGGGGCAGGGAUUCCUUCAAGGCUCUGGCCAAAGCUUUAGGGUUGAUGGACGACCUCAAAUCCGGCGUGCCCCGCGCCGGCUACCGCGGCGUCGUCAGCUUCGUGUGCCGCGGGCGCCGCGUCUUCCUGGCCCCCCCCUCGGACUGGACGGGCUACGACCCCUCCUGGAGCUGAGGGUGGGGUUUUGGGGGGGGGUUUCCCCGUUUUUUGGGGGGUUUUGCAGAAUAAAAAGGUGAGAAACGCGGGGGUUCCGCCGCCCCCCUCCCGCCGUUUGCAUCACUGCCAUUUGCACCCUGAAAUCGAAGUGGUUUAAAAGUCCCUCUCUAAAUUUGGGGAAGUUUCGGGGUUUUUUUGGGGUGGGUUUGGCGCUGGCGGGGUUCGAGAGGCGGACGUGGGGCAGGGGUUUUCCAGAAUAAAAGGUGAAAAGCGGGGGAUUCUCCCCACGA